AAGAGAGUAAUUGAACCGGCGUUUCCUACGUGACUCGCCAGGAGUGUCCCCAGUUUGCCCGUGAUGGCCAACUUGGAAGCGCUGAAAGGCAUAUAAGGUGGUUUCAGAGCGGCGCAUGCGCUGACUUUCUACUAGUCGCCCGCAGCGCGCCUGACUAGUUCGAGAAGGCUCUCUCUUUCAUCGCAAACUAAUUACGACUCUCCCCUGACCUUGUAUAACGACUAAUUAUCUUUCGCGGCACCUCGUAACACUCUCAUUACUCAGACGUCCUUCCCCUGCUCCCCGACCGAGCCGCCAUAGUUGCAACAAUUUAACGCAUGAUACAGUGAGGCUACCAUACUCCGGCUGCUUUGCAAAGACGUUCGCUUCAUCAAAGCUCAGACUCUCUAUCUCUCACGAUGCCGGAAACCGCGGCGAAAGCAGCGGAAACGCCGGAGGCGGCUAGUACGCCCCCUUUGAAGGAAGACGCAGCUGUAGAGACAGUAAUGCCUAGUGCAGCUGUGGUAGCUUCAGCUGGUGCUACCUCCGCCGUCUCAGCAGACGUGCCUGCUGCCGCCGCCGCUGCCGCCGCCACUGCCGCGGAAGCACCAGCAGCAGGAACAGGAGGGGAAGAAACAGCUGACGCGAAAGGGGAAGCAGCAGCAGCAGCAGCAGCAGCAGCAGAAUCAGCGGUAGGGCCGGGAAGCACAAGCAGCAGCAUUCGAAGGGAAGGAAGAGGGAGCUCUCGCCGCGUCGCCUUCGCGGAGCCCGAUGCUUCCGCCGCCGGCGCCGGCGCUGGUGGCGAAGCCGGUGCCGCGGCAGUCGCCGCGUCUAUCGCCGCCGCCGCCGGCGCCGCUAAGGCGGGAGCGGUCGACAUGGCGGAGGGGCACGACGGCGUGGUGAGAACCGCUAGCGGCAGAGCGAUCUCGCCUAGCGGCACCGCGAUCGUGCCAGGGAGCGGCGACGCGGGUAAGAGGCGGAUCGUCGUCGGCGGCGGCGGCGGGGGCGGCGGCGGAGUGAAGGUCGUCGCGCGUCGCAUGCGUCGCCUGGCGUCGUGGGGCACGACGCCGUUCUCGAUGCAGUUCACGCGACGGUUCCAAGUCGGCGCGGAGCUGGGGAAGGGCGGAUUCGGGCAGGUGCACAAGUGCAGCGACCUGACGGGCGAGAUGGGGUCGCAGCCGCUCGCGGUGAAGACGAUCGAUAAGGUGGCGAUGUACGAGGAGUGCGAGACCGCGGGGCAGCUCAUGGAGCGGCAUCGCGCGCUGGAGCGAGAGGUGAAGAUUCUAGGGCUGCUGCGAGACCACCCAAAUAUCGUCCAGGUGAAGAAGGUAUACAACACUAAAGACAGGUUUCGUGUGGUUAUGGAGCUCUGCGAUGGUGGCACUUUGAAGGAUCACCUAGUAAAGGAGAUGGAGUCCCGAGCCUCGACCCGAGGCAAAAUCAAGGCCGGAUACGCGGGCGGCUUGACGGAGAAGGAAGCGGUCGACGUGUUUCGGCAGCUAGUGGAGGCAGUGCAGUACUGUCACAUGAAAAGUGUGGUGCACCGGGAUAUAAAGCUCGAGAACGUGCUCCUUGUGCUAAACCAGCGGUUCUGCCUGGACUGCGACUUGCUAGACAUUGAGAACAAGGACGAGCUGCCGCCCCUCACAUCCAUCCCUUCAAUCGGGGAUGCCGGGGAGGCCUUGACAGCAGAAGAGAAAGCAGCAGAGAGCGAGGGGGACAGGGAGGAGAAAGGAGGAGGGGAGGGGGGAGAGUCAGCAGCGGAAGCUAUGUCCAGGAGUUCCAGUGAGGAUCAGCCCUCAAGGCCCAAACAGAGUAAGUGCACGUGUGGGAAGGUGAAAGCCGCCGGUCCGUUACCCGAGGGGAUUCCCAAAACAUCAAGCCUCGCCUCAGAUCUUCCUUACACUAUAAAGCUGGCAGAUUUCGGGCUUGCAGUGAUUGUUAAGGAAGGGCAGAAGCUGAAAGGGAGGUGCGGGACAGAGGGUUACAUGGCUCCGGAGCUGGCUACUGGGCAACCAUAUAGUUUCCCUGCUGAUGUGUGGAGUCUUGGGGUGGUGCUUCAUGCGCUGCUGUUUGGAGAAUUGCCUCGUUAUAAGCAGCCCCAUGACGUGGCAAAGUAUGGCGUGCCGCCACCAAGCAAGAAGAAAUGGAAGGUGGUGAGCGAGGAAGGGAAGGAUCUAUACCGUGCUAUGCUCCAGAUUGAUCCAGAGGCGAGGAUGCUGAGCCAAGACCUCCUAAAGCACGUGUGGUUUUCCAGGAGUUGGGAUGAGGAAGGUGCAGAAGAUGGUGCAGCGGACAGGGAAGGAGGUGGUGGGAACAAUGCGAAUAGAGGCUCCAUGCUUUGCUGUUUUGGGGGAUAGUGUGCAGGCUCAUGGGUUUUGCAAUAAGCUUUGUAGGACGAUUUAGGGGGUGGGUGGUUUGCAUUUUUUUAAUAAAAAAUUAACGCCAAA